UUCAGUCCCAGAUUUCCAUUCGACACUACACCUGCCUUUUUAACUAACUGAUGGAAGACUGACAACUAAAGAACAAGAAGCCACACAAAUGGACUUACUACUGGGAGUGCCACUGAAAGUGAUCGCUGCAACCUUUACACUCAACCUGGCAGCAGCAAAGGCAGUGCAGGUGAUAUCUGUGACCUGGUAUCCUCAGGCUCUCGCACUCGCAGACAUAACCGGUUUGGAUGGAUUGUCAUCCUUCUUGGCCUGUUUUGGACUCGGCCUGGCGUUCUUAACUGUGGCAUGUGGGAUCGCAUUUGGCUCUGGUGUGACAGCGGCGGCUAUGACGAGGCAGCCCUGGCCUUUACUGCAAACGGUGUGCACUGGACUUUCAGUUUGCAUAGGAUGUGGACUGGCAGGUGCAUUCAUUGGACUGAUCUCGAUCACUCUGAUGACUCUGGGAGUGAGGGGUCUUUUCGUGACGGGCUUCAUCCUCAGCUUAUCUUUACUCGUCAUAUGUCAAAAACAAAGAAAUAACCCGCAAAUGACAGCAGCCAGAAUAGUCGUCCUGCUCGUGGUGACAUUCAUGACCAUACAUUUAACAGUUUACUUUGGACAUAACUUUGAUAAUCUUGUUGUUUUCACUUUGUUUCCAGCUGUUUAUCUCAUGUAUUUUCUUGCUGAUAAAGUCGCCUUAAGGAAUCCCAGCAGAUACAUCAUACUUAGCUUCACGCUGCUGAUUCCACUCACUGGAAUCAUUGUUGGAAUAGGGAUCAGUAAGUAUUCCCUGAGAUAUCCAAUCUUAAUUGAAGCUGUUGGUGCAGUACAAUCUGUGGUGUAUACAGUAGAGAUGUUCAUUGGACUGACAGGUGUGAUAAUAGGGGCUCUAACAGCCAAAUCCUGGGAGGAAGAAGCCAUUAGGGGGCUGCCUUUGUUGAUUUGUGGUCCUGCAGCUGUGAUCCUAUCCAACAUAGACGAAAACUCCCAACACUUCAGCCUUCACAGCCUCUUUCAGGAGUUCCUCGGUGCAGGAGGAGAACUUGGACUGAUAUCAGGAUUUGCUGGAGCUUCCGGGAUCUCUCUGGGUCUGACGGUUGGAGCAAUGCAAACAGAUUAUCCCCCUGUUAUAGUGGUGAUACAAGGGGGAGUGGUUGCGAUUGUUCUCAAGAGUAUCCUUCCAUCAUUUAAUGUAAUCAUGCUUGUGAUUUGUCCAUUAGUUCUCUGGAUAAAAAGCAUGAUGCAAGAUACACAGGUGCGCGACUACAGGGACAAAGUGACCGUUUUACAGGAGGCUGUUCUAAAUUCUGUUGUAUUGGGUGAAGUCAUGAUGGGAGCUACACUUGUGGGGGUGGCUGGACUCCUGACGGUUGCUCUGGGAUCAGCAGGGUCGUAUGGGGUUGUAAUAGCUCUCCUGGUAGCAUCGGGGCAGGCGUACACGGUUUCUAAAGAAAUCUGACAAAAAGGAUGAUGGUGUUAACAUGUCAGUAUGAACAUCAUCAUCCUUAUCUAAUGAAGUUACUGAUGUUUUAAUAAGUUUCAACCAAAGCAUCGAUUUUUAUCUGAAAAAGAAAUCAGAACAAAUCAGAUCCACAAGGUUUUAAAUUGCAUGCUAUUCUAGUUGUAUUUGAUGCAUGUUGGAUGCUUUAUUAGCUAUAACACAAAGGAUGCUAAUUUAAAUGGGUUCUAUGUAGUAUUGAUUUUCGAAACUCUCAACAGCAUAUGGAAAUCUCAUAUCAUAACACACAGGACUACCAAAACCACCACUGACUCAACUUUAUGUAUCCACAGAUGGUUUCACACUGAAUAUGUAUAAAGUUCAUUGUUUACACAUAUCUGUAUUAUGGUAUUAUCAAGUUUUCAUCUUUAAACUAUGUUCAAAACGACAAUAGUCGCUUUUCCAUUGACCCUCAAAUUGCAUGAAUAUAACUUGCGCAUAAAAAUGUACCUAAUGGAAAAAUGACAAUUUCGCCUAAACUCGAUGAAAAGUUUUGGCUCUGGCAAGGGGUGGUUUUUCGGGUGUAGCACAAUUGGUAUAUCACGGAAAACUGCAAUGGAAAGACCUUCUUCCACAAGUAGAGUCAGGUGAAU